AUGGGUCUUUUAUCCUUGGGAACACCACUUCAUUGGAACGAAGCAAAACACUACGCCGACCACGUCCGAUCGCAUGGUAUCGAUCAGUUCCUCUCGGUUUAUCGGAAAUUGCGCGACAGACAAAAGCAAUGUCUGCUAUGGGGCGACGAGGUGGAAUUUAUUGUGGUGAAAAUGGACCAAGAGAACAAGGAAUCCAAGCUGUCAUUACGGGUAUUUGAUAUACUGGCCGAUCUCCAACGACCCGAGCAAGAGUAUAAUAGUGGAACGUCAACUGAGCCACCAGAGACGUUAUGGAGACCUGAAUAUGGUAGAUUUAUGCUUGAAGCCAUUCCUGGACAGCCUUAUGGAGCGACAUUUCGUGAUUUGAUGAAGGUGGAGGCGAGUAUGAAACGUAGACGGCAAUUAGCUCAAGAGGCAAUGCUUCCAGGAGAAAUACCCGUAUCCUUGGUGAAUUAUCCUCGUUUGGGUUGUCCGCAUGAAACCAGUCCUGAUCAUGAACCAACGGGUCAAGCUGUCCAAAGUCUUUUUGUUCCUGAUGAAAUCACCAAUCCUCAUGCCCGUUUUCCCACGUUGACAGCCAACAUUCGUCGUCGUCGUGGUGCCAAGGUGGAGAUCAAUAUGCCAAUCUUCCAUGAUAAGAACACACCUCGCCCAUUCAUCGACCCAACCAUCCCAUGGGAUCGUGAUGUUUUCCCACAUGACAAGGAGGCUAAGAAUGGUGCCGCCAAGCCCGAUCACAUCUACAUGGACGCUAUGGCCUUUGGCAUGGGUUGCUGCUGUUUGCAAAUCACUUUCCAAGCUUGCAACAUUGAUGAAGCACGACACUUGUAUGAUCAUUUGGCUCCAGUAGCUCCUAUCAUGCUUGCAUUGACAGCUGCAUGUCCCAUUUUCCGUGGUUAUCUUGCUGAUGUGGAUUGUCGAUGGAAUGUGAUUGCUGCCAGUGUGGAUGAUCGCACGCCUGAAGAACGAGGAUUGAAGCCUUUGGAAAAUGAUCGCUUUGUCAUCAACAAGUCUCGCUACGAUUCAAUCGACACUUACAUUUGCGAUGAUGCCAUGUACAAGUCCAAAUACAAUGAUCUCGACCUUGUUUACGACAAGGACAUUUACAAGAAGCUGAGAGAGAACGACGUAGAUGAUCUUUUGGCACGCCACAUCUCCCAUCUUUUUAUUCGUGACCCGCUUGUUAUCUUCAAGGAAUUGUUGGAUCAGGAUGAUGAGAAAUCGAUGGAUCAUUUUGAGAAUAUCCAAUCGACCAAUUGGCAGACUGUACGAUUCAAGCCUCCACCACCUGACUCUGAUAUUGGAUGGCGUGUCGAGUUCCGCAGCAUGGAAGUACAGCUUACCGAUUUUGAGAAUGCUGCCUUUUCGGUGUUUAUCGUGCUGGUCACACGUGUGAUUUUGAGCUUUGGAUUGAACCUUUAUAUCCCCAUUACAAAGGUGGAUGAGAACAUGGCAACAGCCCAUAAGCGUGGUGCAGCUGUAAAUGACAAGUUUUACUUCCGCAAGAAUGUCUUCCCUAAUUUGGAUGGCACUACCACCGAGAGUGAUGACGAGUAUGAAUUGAUGACCAUGAACGAAAUCAUCAAUGGCCAGGAAAAUGGCUUCCCAGGUUUCAUCCCAUUGAUCCACAACUACCUUGACAGCACCAACAUUGAUAUCGAGACACGAUGCAAGCUCUCCAGCUAUUUGUCUUUGAUCAGCAAGCGUGCGAGUGGCGAGUUGAUGACGGGUGCUACUUAUUUGCGUCAUCUUGUGAUGAAUCACCCUGACUACAAGCACGACUCUGUGGUAUCUCCAAGCAUCACCUACGAUCUCAUUAACACCGUGGAUAAGAUUGCCAGAGGCGAACUCAAGGCACCUGAGCUUUUGGGCGACUUUAGCGCAUAA